AGGGGGAGAGGUCGGGAUGGGAGUCGGGAUAGAGAAGGGGGAAGGAGGGAUAGGGGAGGUCGGCGACAGAAGGGGAGGAGGGAGAGGUCAGGAUGGGAGACAAGUUAGGGCCAUGUCGGGAUAGAGGAGGGGGGGUGGCGGUUGGGAUAGAGGAGAGGGAAAGGCGAUGGAGGGAAAGGUCGGCGAAGGAAGGGAAGGCGGGAGAGGUCGGGAUGGGAGUCGGGAUAGAAGAGGGCAGGAAAGAAGGGGAGGGGGGAGAGGUCGGGAUGGGAGUCGGGAGUCGGGAUACGGGAGAGAGAGAUGAUGGAGGGAGAGGAAAGAAGGGGAGGCGGGAGAGGUCGGGAUGGGAAUCGAGAUACGGGAGAGGGAACGGCGGAAAGGAGGAGGAGGGAGGAGGGAUCUAUGGAGGGAGAGGUCGAGAUAGGGGAGAGAUAAAGGCGAUGAGGGGGAGACGUUGGGAUGGGAGUCGGGAUAAAGGAGGAGGGCAGGAAAGAAGGGGAGGGGAGAGAGGUCGGGAUGGGAGUCGGGAUACGGGAGAGGGAGAGACGAUGGAAGGAGAGUGCGAGGAGGCUGAGGCCACAGCUGAACGCUGGAAAGCCGAGGCGCUUCGACCAGGUAACAAGCGCGACAGUAUUGCGGUGGGUACUACUCCUAUGAUGCAAGCUCGAGUGAGAAUCCGUACGGGUGGGAAUGAGUCUCCAAAGGCGCAUGUUGAGACUCCACGGCGACACGUGGAAAUUGAUCUGAAAGGUAUCGCAGAGCGUCAUCAGGCUGAAGUGGAAGCGCUGCAGACACUACGUAUCAAUGAGAUGAAUGCACAGAGGGAAUCAGAGUCUGAGGUUGAGAAACUCAAGGAGGCGUUGGCUAGAUUAGAGAUGGAAAAAAGAACGGCUACGCGUGGAACUAACUUGAAGACGAGACUUGAUGAAGCAGCUACGAAUAAGGAGAGGACGAACGGCGUUACUGAGGGUGGUGGGGGUACCUCUGCGCAAAAGGAUAAGGACAAAGAUAUGAACCAGGCUGCUGAAUCUGUAGACCGAUAUGCUUUUGUUCGGGCCAAUCGCAAAGACCUGCGCGGAAAGAACAAAGAGUUCGUGAUUAAGAUAUGCGAGAAGGAAGGUGUUAAUUACACUACACUUGAUCCUACAAAGGAGGCGAUCGUACAGGCGCGGGCGGCCAAAACGUUUGAUGAUGACGCAAGAAGAGAGAGGAAAGGUAAGGAUGUAGCCACCGUGUCGAUCUCUGAUGACGUAGCCGGACCUGUGAAUGAUCAGGAUGAGUCGGCCGCUUCUUAGUAUCUUUCCCGGACACGGCUUUGCUAUGGGAAGU